AUGUCCUUGGCUUUUGCAAACAUCCGUCUCGGCCUCCUCGCCAAGACCGUCCAGGCGUCUCGAGCCUUCGAGCGCUCCAUCCCUGCCUUGUAUCUCGGGGGAUCAAGACUGUACACCAACGCCACCUCCCCGACCCCCAAGGAAAUUGUGGUCGAGAAGGGCGCUGGCAAGCUGAAAGACGUAGCUCGCGACUGGAAGUACGUGCCCAAGUCCUGCCACCCCGCUGGGAUGGAGGCGAUCCUUCAGUUGAACUGCCUCGUUGGCUUCCCCAAGACCAUCAAUGCCUUCGCAGCUGUGCAGAAAGUCGGCGUCGAGCGCACGCCCGAGUGGCAGGAAGAGCACAGCAAUGAGGGCAACUACUUUGCCGUCAGAGGUGAUGCUGCAUGCGAGGGUGGGAGCCCGGGAGGAGCGUUUGCUGAGAGAGGGUGCACAGGGGAUGAGGCGUGCUCGAUGAUCUACGGCGAGAAGUACCAGAAGCUGAGGGCCCGCAUGGCCUAUCUUCAUCCCCUCCUGGACCGGUUCAUGGUCGAGCAUGCCUACGGCCGUGUGAUUGGGCGCGCUGGAUGCCUUCCUCUGAGGAUGAGAGAGCUUUGCGUGGUGUCUGUGCUCUCCGGCCAAGACGUUCCCAUGCAGCUCGCGUCGCAUGUGCAGGGAGCGCUGAACGUCGGCGCUACGCAGGAGGAAGUGCUUGCGGUGCUCGAGAACUCCAAGCUCAUCUGGGGCGAGCAAACCUACAAGCAGGCCAUCGAGGUUGCCAAGACCGUCUUCAACCAGGCCCCCAAAUAGAGGCGCUGCCACUCGCCAGUCACGAGUCAAGGCUCGAGUGCCUGGGUGUACCAUGACCUAGACAAGUCUAUCCGUGUAACUUUAGACCUCAUGUAAAUAAACC